AUGAGCUCACCUUCCUCUCCGACGAGAGAGAGCAUCUCAGGUGGGUUGGAAACGGUGAGAAAUACUCUCCAGACUGCGUACCGUCUGUCUUCCUGGCGCGAGAAACAGCCAGAGCCGAGACUAGUGGCAGUGUCAAAGACCAAACCAGCGGAGGUGGUUCGGUGGGCCUACGAGAGCGGACAGAGACACUUUGGAGAAAACUACGUCAAAGAGCUGGUGGAAAAGGCCAAUGACCCCAGUCUAGCCUCCCUGGACAUUCGCUGGCACUUUAUCGGUCAUUUACAGCGAAACAAGUGCAACAGCCUCGUCUCAACACCUGGACUGUGGAUGGUGGAGACGGUCGACUCCGACCGAUUGGCCACUGCUCUAGACAGCAGCUGGAGAAAGAAGCAGACCGAGCAGAGACUCAGAAUCUAUCUCCAGGUGAACACGAGUGGCGAAGAGGCUAAAUCGGGGUGCCAGCCACAGGACAUCCCUCGUUCAGUAGAGCACGUCCGAAACAACUGCCCUGGGCUCGAGUUCCGUGGAUUGAUGACAAUAGGGAGAAUGGGCCACGACUACGCCACAGGACCAAACCCUGACUUUGAGGUUCUGGCAAGAACGAGGGAGGACCUGUGUUCUCAGCUGGGCGUACAGCCUCGGACGGUCGAGCUGAGCAUGGGCAUGUCGGCCGACUUCACACAGGCAGUAGCUGCUGGCAGCAGUAAUGUCAGAGUUGGUUCUAGCAUCUUUGGAGCUAGAGCCCCAAAAACUCCAUCAUCAUAA